AUGAAUAAAACAAAAGCAUUCUAUUCAUUCAUUACCACUAUACGAGAAUGUUUAAUAAUCUCGAGAUAGACCAGUUAAAUAUUAAUUAUUCUAUUUCGUAUUUUGGCCUACUCAAUAUUCAUGAAAUCAAUUACAAAUAUCGAAGAAUUGGGGAUUCAAAUAAAUAGCAAAAAAAUUAUGAAAUACUAAUGGCUGCUUGUUCAUGUUAGGAUUUUUAACAUUUACAGGUAUUAACACAAACUGAAUAAAAAACAAUUAAAAUUUUAAAAUAAUAUUAAUGUUACUUCUUCUUACUAUUACCCUAAUUUAGCUUGUGCCAACUGCGAGAAACCAGAUAAUCUCAAAUGGGGUGUAAAACAUCACGAAAUGGAGUCUGUCAGGAAUUAUGUUCAUUGGGAUAAUUUAAUUGUGAAAACUAAUAGAUUUAAUGUGAGUACGGAUAUUUCCUGUACUUAGGAAAUGCCUGUGUGUAAUGGUAAAAAAAGUUAGUUAUGUAGUCCUUAUUAAUAGGUCAUAGAUAGCUUCACCUUAUAUUGUAUGGAUUGUGUGGAGCAUCCUUAUACCUGGUCGAGCAACAGAACUUGUUCAUAUGAAUACACUAUCGAAAGCGGAGAUUUUAUGAAGGGAACAUAUGUACGUAAAUCAAAGCAGUAUACUGAAUUAUAUUAUCUUGGUCCUUCUACUUCAAGUGGGGUUAAUUUGGAUUCAAUAACAAGAGAUGUUCAAUAUUAAUAUGAAACUUAUAUUUGUUCAGGUUGUAAGAGAUUUUGUGUUCCAGGAGUAAGUGGAAAUUGUAAUAGUAUCACUUCCCCAUAUGCUGAGGAUAGUGGAAUAAUGGGCGUAGAAUGCCUAUUAACCUACGAAUUCAAAAAUUAAUUGUGUAUAAGUUGUCCAUCAGAUUGCUUGAAAUGUUCAAAUGGGUAAUGCACCUUAUGUAAUGAUGGCUAUAUGAUAUAGAAUGGUUAAUGUAAGAAAUGUGGUAAUGGCUGUUUGAAUUGCUUCAUCGUAUAAUUAUAGACAGUUUGCACAAAAUGUAGAGAAGGUAUGGUGGCUUCUUUGGAUUAAAAAAAUUGUGAAGAGUGUGGCAAUGAAUGUUAAAGAUGUGAGUAUGUAACCUAUGCUUCAAAUGCUCAGUAUCGUUAUCCAACAAGAACUAUGAUAAAGAUUUAAGAUAGAAUGAAAUAAAAAGAUUACAUUAAAAGAUGUAGACAAUGUUCAACAAAGAGUUUUGUAAGUCAUAAUGGAAUAGAUUGUGUGACAUGUCAAAUACCAAAAUGCGAUUUGUGUUAUUACAAUAUACGAGGGGAUGUUACAACUAUGGAUUAUGAUUUUGAACCUAGUAAAGGCAAUGAUCUUGUAUCAAAUUUAUUGUGUUUCAAAUGCAUUAGUGGCUACACUGUUAGUGCUAAUAAAUAAAGUUGUGUAGCUUCAGCGUUAUCUCCAGAUUAAUGUGAUCGGAAAUAUUAAGAUACGACUUUAAAAUGUAGAUAGUGUGUAAAUAAUGUAAUAUUGAAUUAAUAAAGUAAUAUUUGUUCUAGUUCGUGCACUUCCUAUAUAAGUUAAUGUUCCAGUUGCUUUUCUUAUAAGAGUUUGGAUUAAACUUAAUACACGGAUGGUACAGGUUAGAUAUUUAUAAGAGCAGCACAAACACUCUAUUAAUGUAUUUAAUGCAGCAAUGGGUAUUAUCCGAAUAUCUUUACUGGCUUUUGUGAUCCUUGUCCUAAUAAUUGUCAAAAAUGUUGGCAAUACUCAUAGACCUAUAAUUUUACAGAUUACUUAUAUAAAAUGUAACCAAUUAGUAAUUCAUUAAAGGAGACUUUCUUAAAUGAUAUUCCUAUCAAAGUUUAAUGUACAUCCUGUAAUUUUGGCUAUUAACUAUAUGGGAACGAAUGCUUAGGUUGCAGUAGCAAUUGCUAAGUUGAGAAUCAAAUUGUGAGUGAUGACUCAAUUAAUAGUUGUAUUUUUAAAUCAACUUAUGCCUUCUGCGGAGAAUGUUAUGAUACUUUCAAUGAUAGAUCUUUAGUCUCGGAUAAAUCUGAAUGCAUCGAUUGUCCUUUGAAUUGCUUAGCAUGCAGAGACAGAGAACCAUAUGAAAUAACAAACCUUUAUUUUAAUCCAGACAAUUCCAACUUACUCCAAUAUGGAAGAUUAUGUUACAAGGCUUAGACUAUGACUAUGUCGAACUUUUAAAGUGUUUCAUAUAAUUCUUAUUUGAAUUUACCUAUUUUGUGUAUCUAUUAACAUGCAGAUUCAACUAAUACCAAAAGAUGUCGUCAUACAGCUCAAAUUACUGUUCAUGUGUAUUGCAAUGAGGAUGAAUAUAAUUCUAUUUAUAAUACCUUGAAUUCCGCUUAAAAAUUCUAUCACUACAAUCUGAAUGAUUAUUAUUCAUUAGAUUUCGAAGAUAUUGCCUCCAUUGAGUUUUAAUAUUUAGAGACUUUUCAAUCAUAUUCAACUAAGAAUUAAGCAACAUUAGAAGAAUUAACUUUAGACAUACUAUUUACUAAUUCUAUUGAUUUUAAAUGCACAUUUCAAAAGUCUACAUAGCUCAUAACAGAGUUCCAUAAAAAUGUUUAUGCAUUGAGUAAGUUCUAAGUUAAUAUUCAGAGUGCUCACAGUUAACCAAUUACUUUUUACAUUACAGACAAUUUCUACUUACAGGAUUUCCCUUUUGUGAUGAUCAAAAACAUUAAUAUCUAUUCCAAUUUAUAGAAUGACUUUGGAUUAGUAAUAACUAAUAAUAUUUCAUCUACAUACUUGUAAAUAUAGAAUUGUAAACUGGGAUAUGAUUAAAAUAAAUAUAAGGAUUCAUAAAUAUUUACUCUGAAUCUUACAAACCUUAAUUAAUUAGAAUUGAAGGAUGUCUACAUUUAAAAUUUAUAACAUUCAGAUCAAAUUACUGUUAAUCAACUAAAAAUCAAUAACUACGUAUUUGAAUUCUCUAAUGUGUAUUUAAAAAGUAGUUAAUUUAUACAUAAUACAAUAUUUCCUUUAACACCUUAUAGUAUAGUAAAUAUUAACAAUUUAGUAAUUCAAGAUUGUAUAUUCACUAAUUCAUCAUUGUUCAAUAAUCAGCAGGAGUAUUAGAUAUUUGUUUCUAAGUUUUCAAUCAACCAAUUGAUUAUCAAAUAGACACAAUUUUAUUAAGCAUCAAGCAUUAUAAAAUCUAGUUAUAUUUCCACAUUGUCCAUAAAUUAAUUAGAUAUAAUUGGAAAUAGAUUUAAUGAUACAGAAUUAUUUAAAUGUAACACCUAUUAAAUAUAGAAUGUUUACAUCUAUAUGAAUGUUUUUACUAACUAUUCACUAAUCUUUACAACUGCAGACUAAGUUCCAGAUACUGAAACAUUUUAUAAUCAAAUCAAAAAUCAGGGAUUUGAAAUAUCAAAUCUUAAAUUUGUAGAAAAUACUUGUUACAAUAUCAAUUGUCUUAUGCUCUUAUAAACACCAUACAACUCAGAAGAAAUAUAUUCAGAUUUAGUAAUGUAGAAUUUUUAUAUAUUUAAUAACUACGUUGAAUUAUCAUUAAUACAAAGGCAAUCAGUUUCUUCUGCGAUCACCAGAGUUACUGAAAUGAAGUAAGUCAAACUAACUAAUAUUGUAAUUGAUACUCAAUUAUCCAUAACUGUGAUUUCAUUCUAAGAAAUAGCCUCCUUAGAAGUAUCCAAAUUCUUAUGUGAUUUCUCGAAAAACAUCAUCGGCAAGAAAGACACAAGUCCUCGUACUAAGAUUGAGAACAGUUCAAUCAUCUAAUAUCCUUUUAAUAACAAAUUACCUAGCAAUACUACGUGUUCCUAUUAGAAAUAAUCAUUCGGCAGUUAUAACUCAUAUUGUUUGGAUGUCUAGGAUUUCAUAUACGGAGUAAAGAUAUCUGAUGCUUCUCUGAAGGGUCUUCUAGGAAUUGAUAAUGGAUUCAUUUACAUUCAAUCAUAUGAAUCAUUGAUGAAGCAAACUAGUAAUUUCAUUAUUUAAAGUGCGACUAAAAAUAAAUUGGAUUUUUACUAUGGAUAUAACAAUGAAGUCAUAAUCUUAGAAAAUAUCAAUAUUUUUAAUACAUCUAUUGCAAUUUCAAAUCCAGUAACUAUUAUUGGAAGUGUCAUUAUUGAAUCUGAUUAAAUUCAAACUAUCCUUAUAGAUAAUGUCCAAUUAAUCGGCAAUCACCUACAUUAAUUAGUUGAGUCUAUCACUAUGGAAAUAUCUACUUGCUUUACAAUUUUGAGUCCGAACAGCAUGAUUAGUAUCAAACAUUUAGUUGCUUAGAAUAAUAGAGCUACUUAAUCACAAUAUGGCAUAAAUAUCAUAAAGAGUCAAUCAUUAAGAGUAUUUUCAGCUUUGUUUAACUAUACAAAUAUAAUGGAAUCAAAUUGGCUUGAUAGAUUCGAUGAAUAUUAAAUCAAUAAUUAUUCUUAGUUCCUUGGAUAAUUCAACAUAGAGUCUGAGGGUUCAAAUAUAUAUAUCUAAUGUAAGAACUUGGAACUUGACUAAACCCAAUUUCUGAAUGGCAAAUCUCUUAUGGGAACUGCCUUUUAUUUUCUAGGUCAGGACCUAGUAUCUAUUGCCAUUAACAAUACUGAGUUUACAAAUCUAUCAACGUCACUGGAAUAUGUUGAUUAGGCUUAUGGAGGAUCAUUAUAUUUAAAUUUAUAGAAGUCUAGUUAUGAAAUUAAAUUAAACAAGGUCACUAUGAAUCAUAGUGUAUCACGAAUAGCUGGUGGAUGCAUUUAUGUGCAAACAUCCAUAUAUGAAUAAAUUAUCUCCAUUGAUAAUAGUCAAUUUAUUUAAUGUUAAUCCAUAUAAAGUUCUUUAAUAGAUAUAUAGUUUUCUGUAUCUUCUUUAAUUUUGCCAGCCUUAAGUAUUAGGAAUACAAAUAUAAUGAAUAACAAUUUUGAAGGAUUUCUAAGAUAACUAAGUGAUAUCAGUGUUGAAGAAGAGUAAUUGAUAAUAUCUGGGAUAAGUUUGAUAAAAUAGAAUUAUGGCAUAUUUGAAAUCCAAUAAAGUUAAUUUAAUGAUAUACAGAUUCAAGGAUUAAUGGAACUUAAAAAUAUGUUUAUGGUAAUCCUGCAAGAUUUAGUGAUUAAAGAUACUACUGUAUUUAGUCAAUCUUUAAUAGAAAUUACUCACUACACAAAGUAUUCGACAGUAGAACUUUAGAAUGUUGUUAUUGACAAUAUUACAGAAUAAAAAGUGUUAACAAAAGAAUAGUUUAUUUAUAAAUUCAAUAGUCGAUGCCAAUCAAUUUCUUCAAUGUUCGAACUAGCAAACACUUAAACCUGUACAGAAUAAGAGGAUUUAAGAUAGUUCUAUAAGGAUAUCUACGAUUACAGACAAAUAUCACAAACUAAGUUGGAUAAUAGUACAUUGUACGAUUAUUAUGACUCCUUAUCAUACUCAGACAAAUAUGCCCUCGAUGAAAUUAAAUUAAGUACUUCUAGAGAAAUUAAAUCUUUAUAUUCUUAUAGAAAUGUAAAUUUUGUAGAAAAUGUAAUAACACAAUAGGAUUUUAGUUUGUGUUAUUUUACAAAUCUAUAAUUCACCUAUUAAAUCGACAGCAUUCCUCAUUAUAUUAAAUUAAGCCAUAUUAAAUCGACUAACAAUAUUAACAUGAAUUCAGUUACAAUUAAAAAUUCUUUCUGUGAUCGAUGUAAAUAAGGGCUAAUUCUAAUUAAUAACUAUGAUUUAUCAGCUCACAAUACUACUAGCAUCUUUGAAUUGACUUGUUAAAAUAACAUAAUUGGCUACUUUGGUUGUUUGGUCAUAACGACUCAAACUAUCCCUUAAUUAAAUAUUACUUACAGUAAUAGAAUCCUAUAGAGUUCAACUGCAACCUAAAAAUAUCAUAUUAAUUUAUAGCAAAGUCUAUUUUAAAGUAAUUCUGCUCAAAUAGGGGCUGGUGUUUCAAUAAUCGGAGUGAGCAUAAAGAUAAUAGAUAGUCAAUUUAUGGAUAACAAAGCAACUUUGGUUGGAGGAGGAAUGGCCUUCGUUUAUGAUUCAGAAAGUAAGAAUAUCUUAGAUCAAUUUAACAACAACUACAUCAAUAAUGAUGCCCAAUUAGGUAGUGCAAUUUAUAUGAUGAAUAAUAAUCUUAACAAUCUUGAAAAUUCGCAGAUCUUCAUUCAUCAUAACAGCAAUACAUAAAUUGAACAGAUGCCAGAAGGGUUGGGAUUGAUGAUGUUAGAAGGUUAAAUGAUGGACAUCUCAACAUUUUAAGAGAAUGAUGGAGACUUGAAUGAUGAUAAUAUCAUUGAUAACUCGAAUCUCCAAAUAAUUGAUAUUGUAAGUGUUCAGUCUACCAGCAUACCUAAUUUUAAAAGCAAUUACUUAUUGCUUCCUUCUGGUUAAUAGAUAUCAUAAUACAAAUACUAUUAUGAGGAUACUUAAGAACAAAUACCAUACAAUUGGAUAUUUAGAAUUUACAAUUUGGAUAAGAAUAAAAAUAUCAUAAAAUCAGUUUCCUCUACUGAAACUUGCACUGUUUCAGGUCGUCUGAUGGAUGAAUUAAAUUUAGAUUUCACUAAGUCGUUUCUGCUUAAUUUCACUUCUUAUUCGGCUACAUUUUUUGAUGAAUCCAGCAACUCUUUUAAUUUUGACAAAUUAUAGAUAUACUUCGACCCAUUCUUAGCAGAUAACUUAUUCUUAUAACUCAAAUUCUAAUGCACCUCCAUAUAGAUCCCAAUCUACAAUCAACAACCUCCUUACAAUGUCCUUUCUUAUAAUAAAAACUACGCUCUAUAUCUGAAUCUAAAAACCAUUCCUUGCCAAAUUGGAGAAGCCUACCUAGAAUAAAAAUGUACCGCAUGUAGCUAAGCAAAUACUUAUUCUGUUCAAGAGAAUAGUGUUCAAUGUAAAGGCAUCAAUUCAAUUUAAAUGGAUAUGGUUACUCCUGUUAGAAUUAAAUUGAAAGAACAAUAUUGGCGGCCUUUUCCAAAAAACGAUAAUAUUGAAGAAUGCUAUAACUUGAAGUCCAAUUGUCUUGGAGGAUGGGUUCCAGGUGAUACCUCCUGUUUUGAUGGUCAUGUAGGUGCUUUAUGUGAAUAAUGUGACAUCUAUGGAAUCAGAGGACCCUAAUAUUCAGUAAGUAAGAAAUAUACUUGUGGAGCUUGUUAAGAUACUAUUCAAUCCAACAUUCUCAUCAUAAUUGCCAUUUCGAUUUUCACUCUGGUCACAAUGAUUAUGUCCGUUAAAGGGAACUAUGAAUUUAUUGAGAACUUAAUCCAUCAGUAAGUUUUGUAAUCCAUUGGAGCCAGAAUUAACAUAUAAUAAAAUAAUGCAUCCAUAAUUAUGAAGUAAUUAACCAAUUAUUUAUAAAUCAUUGCAUCUUUAACUACUUUUAGAAUUUCGAUACCUGCUGCUUUUGUUUCGUCUAUGGAAGUAUUGGGAAAUCCAACUCAAUCUAUGGCCUACUCUCUAGAUUGUUUUUUGGUGACUUUUGCAACUAUGGAUUUAUUGUACUUCAGAAUGGCUUGGGCAUUAUUGAUGCCACUAUUCUAUAUGAUUGUAUUCUUUUUUGGCUAUUUUUCUGUUGUAUUAAUGAGAAUAGCUCCAUUUAAAAUUGGAAUCAUUUACACUACAUUUAUUUACAUGUUCAUCUAUUUGUAGCCUACUUUAGUUGGAGGGUUCAUUUCUUUAUUGAGUUCGAGAACUGUCAGUGGAAUAGAAUGGGUCUAGAGCAAUGUCAGUUAUUAAUAUUAUACUGAUAUGCAUCAAUAUUAUAUUUACAUCUUUAUUGGUCCCAAUUUAUUUGUCUGGAGUCUCAUGUUACCAUUUAUAUUCAUGCAUUUGAUCAGAAGAAAUAAGCAUUAAUUGGAGAGUAUGGAAGUACGCAAGAGAUGGGGUUUCUUCUAUCAUGAAUAUACCAAUUAAGCCUAUUUAUGGGAAUUUGUAAAAAUCUUUGAGAAGGAACUUGUGAUAAUUUCCUUAACAUUUUAUGAGAAUAAAAUUGUUAUUAAGGGAUUAAUGAUAUUUCUAAUAGUAUUUUUGUAUGGAGCAUUUUCAUUUACUUUUAUACCUUACAAAUAAAAGAAGUUGAAUUUUAUAGAUUAGAUGUCAACAGCAGCCUGUUCUUGCUCACUAUGUUUAGGUGUUCUCAUUUAUGCCAGUAUGAAUGAAAAUUUAGACUAUUUAUAAUACAUUAUGUUCUUAAUCAUAAUUAUAAUCAAUGCUUGUUUGAUUGCUUUGAUCCUCUUUCAUUUACUUGAAGGCUAUAUUAAUAAAUUCGACGAUAAACUUGACAUUGUAAGGGCCAAAAUUAAAUUAAAAUUUCCAAACAUUGAAUUCUAAUACCCCUGUCUAAAAAAACUAUUAAUAAAUAAGAAGGAAAUGAAAGAGAAAGUGAUUAAUUAUUGGGCAAUCCUGAGAUAUGAGACUAGAGAGGGUAUUAAAAGAAGAAGAAAUGAUAAAAAUUCACCUUUAUUAAUCGAAAGAACUAAGAGAUCUGGCUAGCUUUCUUAAGAUUCAUCUGAAAAGGAUAUAGAUAUUAAGCAAGGAAAUUCAUUAGAUCAACAAGUAGAAUUGAAGAGCCCAGAUAUUGAAAAUAACGAUGACGUCAAGUUACUCAAAAGACCAAGUUCGAAUUAUUAAGGAUUAAUGAUCUAAUAGUAGCACUCUUUAGAUUCAUCUUAAAUUCAUUUAGGGAAAGUUUAUCCAGAAACAAAUUCUGAUGUCCCUACUACUCGAAAAGUAGAAAAUAGCUUGGAGAAAAUAAUAAUCAAGAAGCCAAUAUGA